CAUGUUAUGCCACAAACAACAGGGAUUUUUCUCCUGGUAUUAUACAUUUAAAUGGUGCUCCAAUGUAAUUUUGAUUAUUAAGGACUGACAGGGAGCAACAUAAUUACAGGCUUGGCUUUAAGGAUUUAUUUAUUUUUGUUUUCAUCUGCUUGACACUUGACACCAUAUGGUUAUUCCAAUACGUGUACGGUCUCAAGCCAUCAUCCCAUGUUUCCAGCUCUGUCAUCUCUGACUGAUGCCACUGCUGUUUCAGUGUGUUUCUGCUUCAGAAGCCUCGUUGCUUUAGCCCCACCGGGGCCCUUGAACAAAGUGGCAUUUACAUCUGCACUUUGUCAACUUUAAGGAGAGCCCAGCAAAAGCACUGUUGAAGAGAUUUUUUUUUUGCUGCACAUAUGCAACUGAUGAGGAAUAGCUUCUUUCUGAAGCAUGAAAAAAUUAUCCACUAAAAAAUGCCAUAUAAUAGCAAAAGGAAAGGAAGGCAUUUUGAUCACCUUUUAGAAGGUAAACGACUUAAAUGCAAGACACCCAGUGUCAGCCAUCUGAAGACUGACAGGGACAACUGCGCCUAUGAGAGUGAGCGCUUGAAAUGAGCUCCCUGGAAAAGCGCCACACAGGCCAGCGGGAAAGCAUGCAGGGUCACCGCAAAUACUCAGAUGGCCCCAGGGACACAUCCAGCAGUGGCAGCUUUAUGGAUGACACAGACAGGGAGGUGAGCAACCUCACCGAUCGUGCCUUCAGGAGCCUGUGCAUCGGAGAGAAGGCCAUUUACAAUGACUCAGAAUUCUCCUCAUCUCCUACUGAACGACACAAGGCAUUUUCAAAGGAAACCCAGCAAAAGACAAUCUCCCACGAAGCAUUGUCAUACAGCAUUCAGCGAUAUGGGGAAGCAGAAGCACAGUCAGAGAUGGCCUCGACAUUCCAGCAUUCCUAUGUGGAUGUAACCCAUCAGGAACAGGCUUUCAGAGAGGGAAACUUGUCUCAUAUGAACAAUGGCUCCAAGGAGGUGACAUGGCAGCAAAGCAGGAGCACAUCCAGGGUGUCAUCUCUAAUCAAAGCCUUUAGUUCAGGGGAGUGUUACCAUGACAGUGGGACAUGUGACGUUAUUCUGGCAAGGGAUAGGUAUAGAGAUUUUGGCAGUGAAUCAUGGGACAAAUCAGCUAUGCUAAGCAUCCAAAGCGAUCUCUCUGCAGGAUAUCAUCAGAAUUUUAAGUCCGGCCCCUUUCAGUCUUACAGAAACCAUUUUUACACAUCCGACGUGGCUGCCACAGUGGCACAGAUGGAGACAACAGGCCUGAUGAAAUCUUUGAAAAGUAAGUUCAAAGCACUGAACUCUACAAACAGUUUUUUCCAUAGUGAAUUUAGUCCCUUCCAGCUUUGGGAAGAGUACAACAGGUUCUCCUUCCAAAGUACACAUGUGUCAAGGUUUAUGCCACCUAGAGAAUUCCCACGUUGGUAUGAUUCUCCUAUGUACAAAGAGCUGAAAGACAACCACAGAAUUCCAAACUCUCCGUGUGAAAGUAGGGGCUUCAAUCAGAGAAAAAUUCUGAAUGUUGUGGCCAGCCAGUGCUCCAUGUCCACAGUUGUCCAGAAAACCUCCGCAAUUGAGAAGAGGUGCGAAUCUGAAAUGGCUUCCAACUAUCCACCUUGGAAGAAAAACAACAACUUAGUAAGGAACAAACUUCCAUGCAACCGGCCCUCUACAGUUUCACCUACUAAUGAGAGAACAUGUAGGCCGGAUUCAAAUUUGUUUAGAAAUAACAAAGUUACACAUGAGAUAGUGGUCGAGAGCAACCUGCCAAGCAGUGUGACGCCAUUCAAUAUCACUCAGCUCCUCACACCAGUAAUUCACACAAGACAAGAAACAGAGACGUCUGAGAUCAUGCAGUUUGCACAAACUCCUUAUGCUUCUGAUUAUUCUUCCCAGGGUGAAACUGACCCUAAUCUUCAGACUGAUGUCAAACAUCUGCGUGACAGCUACAAAUUCAAAGCUUCAAGUCUGCUAUUCAACCUCAAAGAUAACCGAAAAAGAGUCAAGAGUACGUACAGUCCCACUAGAUUUAAAGGGAUAGAAAUAACAGAUCAAAAUAAGCUGAUCUCAAAGCUGGAGGGCAGAGAAUCCCAAUAUUCAGAUAUUUUAGUAUCCCAAGAAACUGCUCAGGAGAAUUUGAUUGGAAAUGAUGCACAGGCCUCAUGUAACCUAAUUCAAGAGCCCAGUGCAGCUCCUAUCACCCCUAAAGAUUAUACCGAUGGCUUUGGAUCAUAUGAUAAUUUGACAUUAACUUCAACUCAAAUUCAGGACAGAGUAACUAAUUACAAAUUGUUCUGUGGUAGUUCAGAGGGUCACUCUCCCAGUACAGAUCCGCUGUCUAACAUAGAGAUCUCAACACGCUAUCUUUCAGCUCAGGAUAAAAGCUCUCUGAUGUCAGAAGGUCAAUUAAAAGACCUCAAUACUUUUAUUCCAGCUAGGACAAAAAUAGCAAAUGUGCUUCCAAGGGCUUACCCACCGACACAUUCUCUGCCUGCUCAGACAUCAGAGCGAUACGGCCAGAGUGAUAACGCAAGUCAAAAUGAUCUAAAACAAAGAAAGGACUUUGGAAGAAAAACAUUUAUUGAACACAGUCAAAAUGAGGCUGUAAAAGAAAAAUGUUCAUGGGACCAGAUUGGUUCAGUCAAGGAAACAGACAGCAGAUCUGAAUCACAGCCAUUUAGAGGAGAAAUAGCAGCACUGAUUGAAAUGGACAAACAGAGAAAGGCCACCGCUAAGCAAUAUUUUGCCAAUGACAGCUAUUCUGUCCGAAAGGAAACGUACAUGCAAAAAGUGAAUGAAGACAUUAAACUAGGUCGACUCACAAAAAAGGAAGAGAAAGAGGUCAGGGAUGAAACAAUAUCACCCAGGAAAACAUCUUACAGUGAAAAAGCUAUACAUAACAACCAAUUAAGCACAUUUUCAAAGCCUAUUGAAUCAUACGGAAUACCAAAAAACUGUCUCCAAACCAAAACAUCUCCUCUAACAGAAGUUUAUGGUGGUUUACAAAGCUUCAGUGUCAAAAAUGAUUUUGUUAAAGGAGUACCAGUGCAAAAUUCUUCUUUUAACACCAUGGUAACACAAAAUACAUUUGAUCAGAGAGCUCAUGACUUUAAUAAAGGUCAAAAGAAUGAAGGAUUGUACUCCUAUCAGCCAUACAGGUAUGAGCCUAACAAACAGUGGCACAUGUCAUCAACAAGUGAAGACAGACACACCAAGGAAAGAGUAUGGACACAGAAACAAUCAGAGAUGAUUGAACAAACUGAUGCCAAGAAUUAUAAAAUCUCCAGUACAUCUUCAAAGAUAAUGAGCAAGCAAGGAGGUUAA